UUGUUCUGUUUCCAUGUAAUCCACAGCAAGACGCGUUCGGCCUGUACGCUCUGUACAGUAAGAACAAGCCUCGGUCUGAUACGCUGUUGGCCAGCCACGGAAACAGCUUCUUCAGGAACAAGCAGCUGGUGCUGGGAGAUAAGAUGGACCUGGCCUCCUACCUGUUAAAGCCCAUUCAGAGGAUGGCUAAAUACGCUCUCCUCCUCAAAGACCUGAUCAAGGAGGUGAGCGAGGCGCAGGAGACAGAGCUGGGCUCCCUCCGAGCCGCCGCGGAGAUGGUCAAGUUCCAGCUGCGUCACGGCAACGACCUGCUCGCCAUGGACGCCAUUCGAGACUGUGACGUGAACCUGAAGGAGCAGGGUCAGCUGGUCAGACAGGAUGAGUUCUGGAUCUGGUACGGCAGGAAGAAGUGUCAGCGACAUGUCUUCCUGUUUCAAGACCUGGUGCUGUUCAGUAAACCCAAACGCAUCGAAGGAGGACUGGACGUUUACAUCUACAAACACUCCUUUAAGACGGCAGACGUGGGGAUGACAGAGACAUCUGGGGACAACAGUCUUCGUUUCGAGGUGUGGUUCAGACGCAGGAGCAGUAAGAACCAGACGUAUGUCCUGCAGGCCUCCAACACAGACAUCAAACACGCCUGGACCAACAACAUCGCACGUAUCCUCUGGCAGCAGGCUACCCGGAAUAAAGAGAUCCGUAAUCAGGAGAUGGUUUCCAUGGGGGUGGGUAACAAGCCGUUCCUGGACAUUAAACCCAGUGAUGCUGCCAUCAACGACAGGGCUAUAGACUACAUCAUGAAGGGACGAGGUGCCAGAACUCGAGCCUCCAUUGCCGUGUCCCUGUUCGACCACUCCAACCCUUUCAAGCGGACAGCGUCGAGUAACGGGGGGUCUGGUGGCGGGGCCCCUGCUGCGUCUGGCUCCUGCACUCUCCUGGGGCCCCUCAACCUGCACAUGUACAGCAGCCACAGCCAGGCCCUGCUGCCCGGGGGAGAGAGGCCCUUCAUCAGCCCGUGUCUGGAGGAGGACGAGAUGGAGCACGAGACCAGCAGCCAGCCAUCCAUGACUACAGAGAGCUCAGGUUCAUCGUCCCACUGUCUGUCCGGCAGCGGCUCCAGUGGUUCAGACAGUGGCUGUGUGUCCAGCCACCUCCCUGAGGCCAGUUUAUCUGAGGAUCCCUCGUUCCCCUGCCGUCCCCCGUCCGACGCCGUGACCUCCCCCAGCCUGCCCAAAGACAAGCCGCACUACAACAGCCAGUACAUUUCAGCCGUCUGAUAUCCAGAAAGACGCUAUUUCCAGGCCAAGGAAGACAGACGAGACAAAUACGUGUUCGUUUUCUCGCUGCCAUAGCAGCAACUCUCAUCUCACAUGGACACUGUAAAGAGCUGGGACUGUUUCUAAACAAAAAGAAAAGCCACUUUUGAGCAUAGCUUUUCUAUUGUUUCUUUUUUAAAGUUAAUUUAAAUAUUGUUAUAUUUUUCUUCCCAAAAGUACUGGUGGCUGCAGUCGUUUUUGUCCUGUACUAUAUUGGGUUAUUCUGUAAAUAAUUAUUUUAAUAGUUUCCUGUGAAUUUAUGAAUGGUUUGUUUCUUUAUCAUCUUGUUGACCACUUUUACUGCAACUUCUGAUUCACCUGUUGAUUGAUGUUAUACCCUGGGAUGAAAGGCUAGUUCUGGUUCACCUGUUGAUUGGUGUUAUACCCUGGGAUGAAAGGCUAGUUCUGGUUCACCUGUUGAUUGGUGUUAUACCCUGGGAUGAAAGGCUAGUUCUGGUUCACCUGUUGAUUGGUGUUAUACCCUGGGAUGAAAGGCUAGUUCUGUUAUACCCUGGGAUGAAAGGCUAGUUCUGGUUCACCUGUUGAUUGGUGUUAUACCCUGGGAUGAAAGGCUAGUUCUGGUUCACCUGUUGAUUGGUGUUAUACCCUGGGAUGAAAGGCUAGUUCUGGUUCACCUGUUGAUUGGUGUUAUACCCUGGGAUGAAAGGCUAGUUCUGGUUCACCUGUUGAUUGGUGUUAUACCCUGGGAUGAAAGGCUAGUUCUGGUUCACCUGUUGAUUGGUGUUAUACCCUGGGAUGAAAGGCUAGUUCUGGUAUACCCUGGGAUGAAAGGCUAGUUCUGGUUCACCUGUUGAUU